AUAGGUAAAGAGGGAACAGCACUCCGUCAGCUAGAGGCUGAUACAAACUGCCGCAUCACGAUACCCAGCAGGGACACUCCUUCGGAAACGAUCAGGAUCGUUGGACCACGCGAAGGCAUUGAGAAAGCUGUGGCGUACAUAAAAUCUGUUUCGGAAAGGGAGUCGAAACUGGCUACAGAACACAUAGUCUGUCCGCGUAUAUUCUAUCCCUUUGUGCGCGGACCUUUCAAUGAGACCUACGACAAGCUCACUCAGGAAACUGGUGCUAAGAUUAACAUUCCACCAAGUCAAGCUAAUAACGAGGUAAUCGUUAUAACGGGAGAAAAGGAAGGUGUGCACAAGGCUGCUGCGGUCAUUCGUGGUAUAGUAGCUGACAAGCAAGCAACUGCUAAAUCUGUGACAUGUACUGUUGCCAAAGCUCAGCACAGAUACAUCAUAGGACAACAGCGCAGUGGUCUUCACACAAUACUCAAGGAAACUGGCGUUUCUGUUGAGGUUCCAAAUGAGGAUGAAAAUUCUGAUACCAUCACCUUGCGUGGAGACCCCGCUAAGCUUGGAGAAGCUCUCGCUCUUGUUUAUCAACGUGCAAGCUCUGUGAUCACCCAACAGAUUGUAGCGCCCAGUUGGCUUCACAAACAUCUCAUCGGUCCAAAAGGAUCAAAUUUG